CCCCAAACCACCACCCCCUGAGGGUGUGAAGUCCAACCCCUCCAAGAGGCAUAGAGACAGACUCAACCAGGAGCUGAACAAGCUGACCAGCCUCCUGCCCUUCCCCGAAGAUGUGCGCACCAGGCUCGAUAAACUCUCCAUCCUCCGCCUGGCUGUUGGAUACCUGAAGGUGAAGAGCUACUUGAUGGCUGCAGAUGUUGGUGACUGUGUGCUGGAUCAGCCCAGAGCUCCAGGAGGGAACGGACAGAUGGACCCACAGGUUGACAAGGAGCUGUUUCCUGAGGGGGAACUGCUGCUCCAGGCACUCAAUGGAUUUGUCAUCGCCGUGACCGGAGAUGGCUACAUCUUCUACAUCUCCCCUACCGUGCAGGACUACCUGGGCUUUCAUCAGUCAGAUCUCAUCUACCAGAGCGUGUAUGAGCUGAUCCACGCAGAUGACAGAGCUGCCUUCCGCCACCAGCUGCACAGGAUCCCGGUGUCUGGCAGCACCCAGCACGCUGCUGAUGGUGAGUACUGGGAUAGUCCUCAGCAGGGACCCCUGCUGGCUGGAUGUGGCACCAGGUCCAGCCCUGGGAAGCCCUCCUUCGUGGAGAGAAGCUUCACCUGCCGCUUCCGCUGCUUGCUGGAUAACUGCUCGGGAUUUCUGGCCUUGAAUUUCUACGGACGCUUGAAGUUCCUUCUUGGGCAGCAGCAGAAGGGAUCGGACAGGUCCCCACUUGCCCUCUUCGCCAUCGCAACUCCCCGCCAGCCACUCUCCAUCCUGGAGCUUCAGACCAAGACGCUGAUUUUCCAGACAAAGCACAAACUGGACUUCACUCCCGUGGCCUGUGAUUCCUG